CUCCAGAGGGCCAGGCUGGUUUGGGGCGCGGUGUGGCCGGUGACCUACCCCGUCUUACCGACUAUUUGCAUAACGGACUAUUCGCUUCCCCCGCCCCUCCGCCGCGCUCUUCUUCCCUCCUUCCCCCAUCCCCUCCACUCCUCAUCCCCUGUCCCCCGCUCCUCCCCAGCAGACCCCUCCUCCCGGGACUCCCGCGUGGGGCUCCCAGCUCCUGGGUUCUCCGGAGUCCGGAGGCACCUGGAGGAGGGGAGUCCUGGGCAAGGCCAGGCUGGGGAAGACGCCGGGGACACUGGCCGGCGCUAACAAAGGGAGCCUGCUGCCGGCCGGCUCGGGCGCGGAGCUGGUGGAGCAGCCGCAGCCUUGGCGGCCGAGAACGCAGUGAGCAGGGUAGAGCCAACUGUGCAGAGCUCUGUGAUGAGCAGCCCGGAGAAGCAGGGAAGGCAUGGAGCCCAGCUCAAAUGAACUGGCCUCCCUGAGCCUGCCCAAGCCCUGGUCUGUCCAGCGUGGAGAUGUUUUUUGAUUAUCCUGAGGAAAGUGAGCCUUGGCCUCCAGACCCAAUAAAGCAAAUAUCCCUCCCAUGGAGAGUAGUGCUGGUUCCUGAGGACCUGGAGGGCCUGCAGCCCCAGGGGGAUUAGCCAGAAGCAGGCUCGUUUUCCUGCUCAGCACAGAGUGGCUUCCUUGAACACAUCUUUCAUUAUGAUUCACUCCAGCUUGAAGAAAAAAUUCAGCUGCUGUGUGCUGGCCUUUCUCCUGUUUGUGGUCAUCUGUGUGUGGAAGGAAAAGAAGAAAGGGAGUUACUAUGAAUCCCUUGAAUUGCAAACCAAGGGAUUCCAGGUGUUGAGGAGUCUGGGGACUCCGGCCCCGGGGUCUGGUUCCCCGUCUGCAUCUUCAAGCAGUGCCCAAGACCCCCACACGAACAGCCAGGACCUCAGCAAUCCCAGGGGCCCAACCAAGGCUAAGCCAAAGGGUACCUUCCAGGUGUGGAACAAGGACAGCUCUUCCAAAAACCUUAUCCCCAGGCUGCAGAAGAUCUGGAAGAAUUAUCUGAGCAUGAACAAGUACAAAGUGUCCUACAAGGGGCCAGGGCCAGGUGUCAAGUUGAGUGCAGAGGUCUUGCGCUGCCGCCUCCGGGACCACGUGAACGUAUCCAUGAUAGAGGCCACAGAUUUUCCCUUCAACACCUCUGAGUGGGAGGGUUACCUGCCUGAGGAGAACAUUAGGACCAAGGCUGGGCCGUGGGGCAGGUGUGCUGUCGUCUCAUCAGCGGGAUCUCUGAAGUCCUCCCGACUGGGCCGAGAAAUAGAUGAUCAUGAUGCAGUCAUGAGGUUUAAUGGGGCGCCCACAGCCAACUUCCAACAAGACGUGGGCACGAAAACCACCAUUCGCCUGAUGAACUCUCAGUUUGUCACCAAAGAUAGGCUCUUCUUCAAAGACGAUUUGUACAAUGAAGGAAUCCUAAUUGUGUGGGACCCGUCUCUUUACCAUGCAGAUAUCCCAAAGUGGUACCAGAACCCUGACUACAGUUUCUUUGAUAACUACAAGAGCUACCGUAAGCUGCAUCCCGAUCAGCCCUUUUACAUCCUCAGGCCCCAGAUGCCAUGGGAGCUGUGGGACAUCAUUCAGGAAAUCUCCCCAGAGGAGAUUCAGCCCAACCCCCCAUCCUCUGGGGUGCUCGGUAUCAUCAUCAUGCUGACGCUGUGUGACCAGGUGGAUAUUUACGAGUUCCUGCCAUCCAAGCGCAAGACAGAUGUGUGCUACUACCACCAGCAGUUCUUUGACAAGGCCUGCACGAUGGGUGCCUACCACCCACUCCUCUUUGAGAAGAAUAUGGUGAAGCACCUCAACCAGGGCACAGACGAGGACAUUUACCUGUUUGGAAAAGCCACACUCCCUGGCUUCCGGAGCAUUCGCUGCUGAGCAUGGGCUCCCUGGCCAGGUCCCCUCACCCUUCUCCAUUGAGCCUUUUAUAGCCGGUCUCUUGGCCACCUUGGGCCUGGGAAGACCAAAUUCCCAAACAAUCACAGCCUGCAUUCAAAGCCUUCUGUCAGCAAGAGCCCAGGGGCUUCAGGAGCCUGGAGGCAAGGAACCA